UAUUGUCGCGGGAUGUGUUUCCACACGGACUUCACCCGUCAACGCUUCACUUCCUGUUGUGUAUGCACGUGGGUCCCGUGCUGAUGUUCAUGCCGGCUAACUGUAGUAUUUCAAUUUUUACAUGAUUUUAUGUGUUCUGUUUGAAAGCUCUGCCUGAGCGCUGUAGGGAUGCAGGUGUCCAGUGUGAAUAACGUGAAGAUCUAUAAUCUGAGUCAUGGGAAAUCUCUUCCGGAGUGGCUGUCUGAUCGAAAGAAGAGAGACUUACAGAAGAAAGAUGUUGAUAUCCAGAGGAGGAUCGAGCUCAUUCAGGAUUUUGAGAUGCCCACAGUCUGCACCUCUAUCCGAGUGUCACGAGAUGGCCAGUUCAUUUUAGCUGCAGGCACAUACAAACCUAGAGUCCGAUGCUAUGACACUUACCAGUUGUCUCUGAAAUUUGAGAGGUGCCUGGAGUCUGAUGUGGUGACGUUUGAAGUCCUAUCUGAAGACUACUCUAAGCUGGUGUUCCUGCAUAUAGACCGCUAUGUGGAAUUCCACUCUCAGCACGGCCAUUACUAUAAGACCCGUAUCCCAAAGUUUGGCAGAGAUUUUUCCUACCACUACCCUUCCUGUGAUCUCUACUUUGUGGGUGCCAGCUCAGAGGUCUUCAGACUGAAUCUUGAACAAGGCAGAUUCCUGAACUCCUUACAGACAGAUGCAGCAGAAAUCAAUGUGUGUGACAUCAAUCCUGUUCAUCAGUUGUUUGCUGCGGGAACAUUAGAGGGAAGAGUGGACUGCUGGGACCCUCGCGUCCGGAGUCGAGUGGCUGUUUUGGACUGCGCUCUCAGCAGCAUCACUGACGGGACUGAGGUGGAAGGUCUGCCGUCCGUCAGCGCACUGAAGUUCAAUGGCUCUCUGGGCAUGGCAGUGGGCACCAGCACUGGACAGGUUCUCGUCUAUGAUCUUCGUUCUUCACGUCCUCUGCUAGUUAAAGAUCAUUACUAUGGGUUGCCCAUCAAAUCCCUUCACUUCCACAACCCGCUGGACCUCGUGCUCUCUGCAGACUCCAAAAUCAUCAAGAUGUGGAAUAAAGACAAUGGAAAAGUAUUUUCCUCCAUCGAACCACAAGCCGGCAUCAAUGACGUGUGUCUCUACCCCGGCUCUGGUAUGCUCUUCACUGCCAAUGAACAUCCCAAAAUGAACACCUUUUACAUCCCUGCUCUUGGUCCAGCUCCACGCUGGUGCUCCUUCCUGGAUAACCUGACAGAGGAGCUUGAGGAGAACCCAGAGAGCACCAUCUAUGACGACUACAAGUUUGUCACCCGCAAAGACCUGGAGAACCUGGGUCUGACACAUCUGAUUGGCUCGCCUCUGCUCAGGGCCUACAUGCAUGGCUUCUUCAUGGACAUCAGGCUCUACCACAAGGUAAAGACCAUGGUGAACCCGUUCGCCUACGAAGAGUACCGUAAGGACAAAAUCCGUCAGAAGAUCGAGGAGUCGAGAGCUCAGAGAGUGCAGCUCAAGAAGCUGCCCAAGGUCAAUAAGGAGCUGGCCAUGAAACUCAUGGAGGAAAGUGAGCUUCCAAUCAAGAAGAAAAAGAAAAAGGGCAAUGCCGUAGCCAAUCUCCUGACAGAUGACCGUUUCAAGGUGAUGUUUGAGAACCCUGAUUACCAGGUGGAUGAGCGAAGCGAGGAAUUCAGGCUGCUGAACCCCAUAGUGUCUAAAGUGGGUGAAAAGAGAAGGAAGCAACUCAACCAGCUUGUUGAGCAAGAGGAACAGGAUGAGGAGAAUGAGGAGAUGGAAGGCCGUGGCAGCUCAGAGGAAGAGGACAGCUCUGAUGAUGAUAAGAGCUGGGUGCAGGAAGUGAGGGAGCAGCGGCGUCUUUUACGGGCAGAGGAGCGGGACCGCAAUUACAACCAGAGGAAGGAGAGAAGGCAACAGGACCGCAAAACCAGUUUACAGAGUUCUAAUCCAGUCGGAAACCGCCAGCAGGAGCCCCAGAACCAGAACCAGAGCCAACCCAGAUUCUACCAGAUUAAAGCCGGAGAGGAGUUUCGCAGCUUCAGCGACGCGGCCCGCAAGCAGAAGAUGCAGAAGACGUCUCUGGAGGAGCGACUCCAGCAGGAGGAGAGCUCAGGGAUGUUAAAUCUCAAUGACACAGCAGUUGGAAGCAAACAGCUCACUUUUACCCUCAAGAAGACGGAGAAGCAGCGAUUUCAACAGCAGGCUGAACGUGACCAUCAUGAGGAGAGGAGGAAGAUCAGACGGGCGGCUGGACACUUGCACUCUCACAAGGGAGGAAGAGGACGAGGUGGAGGAAGAGGAAGAGGAAGGAGACCUUUUUAAACUCAGGACUGAUCGUGCCCAUGGAUGUUGACAUGCAGGACUUUUAAUGCAGCCUUAAAAUGUGUCUGAACACAGACAUCUGCAGGAUCUGCAGUGUUCAAGAGACUGUUGCAACAGUGCCAUUACAGAUGCUGUCAGUGAUUCACAUUAAGAGACUGUACAUCUGUGUGUGUGUGUGUGUGUGUGUAUGCGUCAGACCUCCCUUUUUCCACAACAUCUCUCAGUACAGUCUAAACAGGACCUUGUGUUUUGUAAAGGACCAUAAAACAUUUUUAUCCACA